CAAGAUUUGUUGCUGUAACUCCUUGGGUGGGUAGAUGCACAGUUGCAAAGAGGAGGAGGAGGAGGAGGAAGAGGAAGGAGAGCCAUUCAUGCUUUCCUUACAUUUCUUCUGCUUUCCCUGGCUGAGAAACUUGAGUUCUGCCUUUCCCCCCCUGUGGUUUCCCUAAGCAGCGUUAAAGGAAACUUCUUUUCGCAUGAUGUCAGACUGCGAGGGAAUGGCUGUGGAUGACAGCGCUUCUGCCGCAAGCAGCAUGGAGGUGACAGACCGCAUUGCUUCACUGGAGCAGCGUGUCCAGUUGCAGGAAGAUGACAUCCAGCUGCUCAAGUCGGCUCUGGCAGACGUGGUGAGGCGCCUGAAUAUUACUGAGGAGCAGCAGGCCAUGCAGAACAAAAAAGGACCUACCAAAGCAAGACCCCUAGUACAAACACUGCCUUUAAAGACUACUGUUAAUAACGGAACUGUUCUACCAAAGAAACCCAGUGGCUCUCUGCCUUCCCCAUCAGGAACCAGGAAAGAGAUUGUAUCACCGGCAGCAAAAAGCACCGUCAAAAGAACCAACUCAACUGAACGCAUGUCUCCUGGGGGCCGAAGGGAAAGCUACGGAGAUUCCAAAGGCAGCCGCAACAGAGCUGGAUCCACCAGCAGUUCAUCAAGUGGCAAAAAGAACAGUGAAAGCAAGCCCAAGGAACCAAUGUUCAGUGCAGGGAAGCGUCGUGUGACCCAUUGCAAAGAGGAGGGAUAUGUUAAAAUGUUUCUGCGUGGACGUCCUGUUACCAUGUACAUGCCCAAAGAUCAAGUGGAAUCUUAUAAUUUGGAAGCGAAAGCAGAACUACCAUCCAAGAGACUUAAGCUGGAAUGGGUCUAUGGAUACAGGGGUCGGGACUGUCGCAGCAACCUGUACCUUCUUCCAACGGGUGAAACUGUCUAUUUCAUUGCAUCGGUUGUUGUAUUAUACAACGUUGAAGAGCAACUGCAAAGACAUUACACCGGUCACAAUGACGAUGUGAAGUGCCUAGCUGUCCACCCCGACAGGAUCACCAUAGCAACCGGCCAGGUUGCAGGAACGUCUAAGGAUGGAAAACAAUUACUGCCCCAUGUCCGGAUUUGGGACUCCGUCACUUUGAAUACUCUGCACGUCAUUGGAAUGGGGUUCUUUGACAGGGCUGUCACUUGCAUUGCAUUUUCCAAAUCUAACGGAGGAAGUAACAUUUGUUCAGUGGAUGAUUCCAAUGACCAUAUGCUUUCAGUGUGGGACUGGCAAAGAGAAGAAAAGCUUGCAGAUGUCAAGUGCUCUAAUGAAGCUGUAUUUGCUGCUGAUUUUCAUCCUACGGACACUAACAUAAUUGUUACAUGUGGAAAAUCACAUCUUUAUUUUUGGACACUUGAAGGGAACUGUCUGAUUAAAAAACAAGGAUUAUUUGAGAAACAGGAGAAGCCAAAGUUUGUCCUUUGUGUAACCUUCUCUGAAAAUGGUGAUACAAUCACAGGAGACUCAAGCGGGAACAUUUUAGUUUGGGGAAAAGGUACAAACAGAAUAAGCUCUGCAGUCCAAGGAGCCCACGAGGGUGGAAUUUUUGCACUUUGUAUGCUGCGGGAUGGUACGCUAGUAUCUGGAGGUGGAAAAGAUAGAAAGCUCAUAUCUUGGAAUGGAAAUUACCAAAAACUUCACAAAACCGAGAUUCCGGAACAAUUUGGACCCAUAAGAACAAUAGCUGAGGGGAAAGGUGACGUCGUGUUGAUAGGCACUACUCGAAAUUUUGUUCUGCAAGGCUCCCUAUCAGGAGACUUUUCUCCAAUUACACAGGGACAUACUGAUGAGCUCUGGGGACUAGCAGCACAUCCUUCCAAACCUCAGUUCUUCACGUGUGGGCAGGAUAAACACAUUACGCUCUGGGAUGCUAUCCGACAUUGUCCGAUCUGGAACAAAACUAUAGAGGACCCAGCGCAGUCUUCUGGUUUUCAUCCUUCAGGGUCUGUUGUUGCAGUAGGAACACUAACUGGAAGGUGGUUUGUGUUUGACACUGAAACAAAAGAUUUGGUCACUGUGCACACAGAUGGAAACGAACAGCUGUCCACAAUGCGUUACUCACCAGAUGGCAACUUCUUGGCAAUAGGUUCUCAUGAUAAUUGUAUUUAUAUAUACAGUGUUAAUGACAAUGGAAGAAAAUACAGUAGAAUUGGCAAAUGCUCAGGUCAUUCCAGCUUCAUUACUCACUUGGACUGGUCCGUUAACUCUCAGUACCUCGUGUCUAAUUCAGGAGACUAUGAAAUCCUAUACUGGAUUCCUUCAGCUUGUAAGCAAGUAGUAAGUGUGGAAACCACUAGAGAUAUAGAAUGGAUGACUUACACGUGUACGUUAGGGUUCCAUGUCUUUGGUGUGUGGCCAGAGGGUUCAGAUGGCACAGAUAUCAAUGCUGUCUGCCGCUCACAGGAGAGGAAAUUGUUGUCAACUGGUGAUGACUUUGGCAAAGUACAUCUCUUCUCAUAUCCAUGUUCACAGUUCAGGGCACCUAGCCACGUAUAUGGUGGGCACAGUAGUCACGUAACCAACGUAGAUUUUCUAUAUGAAGACACUCAUCUCAUCUCAACAGGUGGAAAAGAUACCAGUAUUAUGCAGUGGCGAGUCAUUUAGAGAAAACCUAGCAUGAACAGAUGUGUAAUCAAGAGCAGGCCCUGCACAGAACUUCUGUAUAAAACUGUAUAUUUAAAAUUUAACAGUAUGGUUGCCGUCUAGCCUAGUCACUGUGAUUUUUUAAGUUUAAAAAAAAAAUCCUUACAAACCUCAGGAAAGCGAAGUCCUCGGCUAGCCGCCGUACUUAUUUCAGUAAGUUGUUAAGCAUCGCGGUUUUUUGAAAAAAAAAACCUUGUUUUUUGUUAUACACAACAUAUGAAGCAGUACAACUUUAAAAUGAAGUCAUGGCUUGAACAUUUAUGCAAUACAUAUGAACCGGAUUGUUUUAAUAGCCAGAGAGAAAGCUUAUCUUAAUAUUACAUAUUUGUGCUUCAGUAUCAUUAUUUACACUUUUGUACUGUCUGGCUGCGUAGUUAGAAAGUCCAAUGGCCACUAAAAUGGCGGCACUCCCACUUUCGAGGCUGGUGAAGAUGGUGCAGAAGCCGUGACGCCAGUGGGACGAAGCCCCUCAAUACUGCAAUAUGCUUUCUUUUCAAAGGAGCUGCUGUAGGUCUGCUAUUUGAAAUCAAAUAGACAUUUCACAGCAGAAGAACUUGCCAAGUUUCUUCCAAAGUAAAGAACUUGUUUAAAUAAGAAAACGUGAAAGAGAAUUCAUUCGUUUUGCAUUUUUUAUUUUCUGGCAUAGUAAACGUUAAAGUGAAAGGAUACAAUCCCACAGAGUUGGACUGUGACCUGCUUCCACUGGUGUGGAAUUUAGUCACAACGAAAUAAAAUUUCGCUGAUUUUUUCAGUGGGACUUAGUCACGAAAUUAGCAGUUUUAACUUGAGUUAUCUCCGCAGGGAUUACAGGUUCAGGUAAUCUGGUUCAAGAUAAAUUCUUUUUUAAAAAAUUGUUUAUGAACCAUUUGUUUAAAAAUAAUGAAACCAAUUUGAACACAUCUUCACUGUUCACUUGACAGAGUAAACGAAUUUGUAUGUUGGUAAGCAUGAAUAGUACUACCUUACACAUAUGUAAGAUUUUUAGCAGUUUGUAAGGAAUGGUAAGGCAUUCUAAGCUUUACUUGUCUAUUGCUUAUGGAUAUUGUAUAUUCGUAAUGUUAAGGCCCAGGAGACCAAGUAUAAAGUGAUCUUUUUUUUUAAAGUGCACCAUAAACCUGCAAAGGAAAUGCAGAAGUAAAUUUAUAUAAACCAUUAAGAGGGCCAACCAAAAUGGGUGGAGCUUAAAUUGGUCCUUGGGAUUGCAAUAUGGGGGGAGGGAUGUAGUGCCCAGUCCAAGAGAUGGACCCCCCAGGAUCCCCUUGUAAUACCUGCUUUUCUCCAAUCAUACGAUGCAGCCCACUUGGGGCAUCAAAAACAUCUGAAUAUCAAGUCCCUGAUCCAACAUCUUUUGAUGGAUGAAAAUUUAUACUAAGAAAUAAAGAUUGUUGUUUUGUAAUGAAGUGGAGGGUGGCAUAAGAGAGUUCAGAAGGCCUUACCAAUUUUGAUUGUGACACAGACAGAAAAAUUGUUUACAUUGGGGGAAUGUAUCUGAAAAAUAUUUCUAAAGGAGCAGCAUUGUUAUAAGUGGGCUCUAAAAUGCUAAAUAGCAAAGGGUUUGUGGGGGGGCGGGUUGUGUAAUGGACAGGAGACAUGAAUUAACUGAGCUCUGAAGCACGGGUUGUUUAGAGUAUUUCAAUGAAGAUUUAUUAAGUUUUGAAGCUUUUUAAAAAAAAAGUUACAUUCACUACCUGCUACGCUGAAAGUGCAGGACACCAAUAAACAUCAUGUUA